AAGUAUAAACUGCCUUUUAAAACAGUUGAUGGCGUAUCUCGAAAAACCGCUAAGUAAUUUCUGAGGUCGCAUUAGUUAUAGUGGUGUAACGUUUAACUAAAGUCAAUUAGUCACUUGAGCUAAGUACAAAAUGUCUGUUCUGAAUUAAACUUUCGUUGUUACAAAAUUUUCUUUAAUUUGAAUUUUUGUUUCCUAGCCAAUUAUGGAGGAAAGAAUUCCACUUGAUCGAGAUCUGUCAUUUCAGAAUAUUGAAAAGAAAGCAUGUACUUUAAGUUGUGAAAGUUACUUUGAUUUUUUAUCUGAGCCACCUUCCUUGAUGAACAUUUCUUCAGUUUCCAUAGCUAUCAAACUAUGGGCAGCGGCUGGUAUGAAUAAACUCAUGGUGAACCAACGUCAAAAUCAACAACGCCAUCGCCAAAAUAUACACGAAUCGCGUGUACACUUUGAGUUAGCAUACUGUCGAUUGGAAGAAAAAGCGCUUAAAAAAGUAAAUGAAUUAAUCUUGCCUGAGUCAUUAAAACUUAAUAUAACUCACUGUAUGAGGCCUAUAGGAUUGCAGUUUCGAUGGUUCUCUGAACGAAAUAGAAAAGAGUAUUGUAAGUUUUAUGAUCUUCAUAAAAAAGGAGGCUUACUCUAUUGGUCUAUGGAAGGUGUCAUUGAUCAAGUCAAAUCUCUCAAAGAACUGAUUAACAAUGAUUUGACAGGAAAAAAUUUUGAUUAUUUCUAUCAAUUAGCUUGCAAGUACUGCUUAGAAGAAGAUAUUUUAGAUUUAUGGGAGAAAGCACCAUCUGCAAAAACUAUGCGAGUCGAUACUUUAAGUGUACUCUAUAACAAUCACAUACUAGCAUAUUGGACUGCUGUUCAGAAUAACGAGUUGUCUGAUUUGUUAGCAAAGCUUUUGACAUUUGAUCAUGUCCUUGAUCAAAUAUAUAAUUCCGAACUUGGUAUUUAUGAAAAUAUGAUAUUAUUAUCAAUUUUCAUUGGUAAUUCAUUUGCUCUUAAAUAUUUCUGGUUUAAAUUAUCAGAUCAUGAAAAAAAUGUGAAUAUAGAAAACUUUGUACUUAAACUAACUGGGAAAAUUAAACGCCAUAAAUAUAUUCAGUACCAAACCUAUGAUGUGUACACUGUUAUGCUAUGGUUUCUACUUGCUCAGAUAAGGGACCCAGAAAAGCAGAAACAAAUUUUUCAUGCUCAUUCAAAGACAAUAUUAUACAGUUUGUGUUUUUAUUGGCCAUUUCAAAGAUUUUUUGUGCCUGCAAUGCUUAAGUUAAUGAACUAUAUUCAUAUUGAUACCUAUGCAUCAAUUAUGAAAGAUCUUGUUCCGGAAAUAAAAGAUGGAUUUUUAACAGGGGAACAGUUCAGGACAAUUUGGCAUCAUAGCCCAUUGCAAUUUCAAAAUCAUUUCCUCUCUAUCAUAAACAGUAAGCCUAAGGCCAAAUUAUUUAUGAUAUCGACAUUGCUAUUGGCUGGUGAAAUUCCAACAAUCUGCAUUAUAUUGAAAAAUGAUUCUCCAAUAGAAAGAAAUAGAUUUGUGGCUAAUUUAAUUCAGUCUAACCUUAAACGCCUAAUACAGGAAAAUAAGUUAAGGUUUGCUAAUGCUUUGUUAUCAAAGGAAAUGUCAGAGAGUGACAUCAAUACUUUCAAGCAACAUGUUAUGGUCACCUAUGCAAAUGACUACUGUUGUGAUUGCAUGCGCAAACUUAAUUAUAAUGCAACUGAGCAGUUUUUGAAUUGGGGAUUUCAAUCUCUUAAUGAAAUUCAAUAUUUUAAGAGAAAUCAAUUAAAUUUAAAUGAAAUAUUUAUUUCUUUAAUUCAGUUAGGUGAUUUUGACUAUGCUAAUCGCUUUUUGAGCUGGUGUUUUGAUUCCGAAACGGAAGUGAAUCAAUUCAUAAAUGGAUUUGUCAGUGAAGAUAAUAUAUUAUAUUGUGAAAAGUUGGUGUUCAGGUUAAGUUCUCUUGAUAAAUAUGGGUGGGACAUUUUUAAAAAGUUUUUAAAUCACAGUUCUUGUUCCUUCUCCAAGAUUACGAUCUUGAAAAAGUUACUUUUAAAAGAAGUGGGGCAUAUAGUGGAAGCUCAUAAUUUGAUCUUUGCAACAAGGCUUUUAAAUUGGUGUCUCCCUGACAUUGUGGAAUCUAACCGAUAUAAGUAUGAACUGUUGCUUUCAAGAAGAGGUAUUAAUUCAAUUUUAGAGGCAUUACUGAUACUUCCAAUUUGGGAUAAUAUUAAAAGUUUGCUAAAAUGGUUUUCUCCUCUGUCCAAAGAAAUAAUCGCUAAAUUGAAGUAUACGUUAAUUACCAAAAAAUUUCGCAGUAGAGUUUACCCUCCCCAAAACCAAAGAAGAGCUUUAUUCUAUGUACUAGAUCUUUUUGUUGACAGUUACAGUAAUCCUAACUUUGAAGGUGAUAUUGAAUUUGAUUGGCAUGUGAAUGGUAUAUUAAUUGGAUAUAAUACACAGUGAAAACACGGAUACCGAAUUAUACUGUGUGAUGAUUAAACAGAUUUUUUAAAAACAAAAAUUAUAAAUUGUUGUUCUAUUUUAUCAAAUUUGCAUAUAGAAUUCAAAUACUUUUAACCUUGCAGAAUUAACUGAUUAGCAGAAUUUCUCCUGCAUCUCCAGAAUUAGCUUCAAGAAUCCUUAUUUUCCACCAAUCUCAACAUACUAUAUAUACUUUAUUAUAAAAAUUAUGUUUUGUUAAACAUAUACUAAUUAUAUAAUACAAACAUAGAAUUAGAUUCCAAAAAGUUGAUUUAAACUCAAUUUGAAUACCAUACAAUAAUAGCUAAAAGAGAAAUAACUCUAUUAAUAGUGAAAGCUAUUAAAUAAGUAAAUAGAAUUUUUAAAAAUCUAUAAAAAAAGAAAAAUUUAAAAAGAGUUUGCCAGAUUUUUUUUUUUAAUUAGAGCAUUUUGAAUAAAAACUGAAUCCUAUUAAAAAUAUUUCUUAUUUUAGACAAUUCUGAUUAAUUAAAGAGAAAUAACUGAUUUUUUAUCAGUUGUAUUUUAUGAUGUUUUGAGUUGCAUAUUUAAUGUUUCUUUAUAAAAAAUCCAUAAACCUGCUCUUUCUCUUUUAUUAAUUUGUCUUAGAAAAAAUUUGAGUUAAAAGAUAAACCGCAGAUGCAUGGUUUCAGCUACAAGACAAGAGCAACAGUAGACCCAAGCUAAAUUUUGGCAGACCAGAGGCAAAAUUUUUUAUACAACAGUUAUGAACAACCAUUUAUAUUUAGCAGGACUUACAAAAAAUAGAAAAUACUAUGUUGAGAAACAACAUUCACAUAAAGCUAUAAUCAUAAAAAAUGUAAGGUAUAUUAAUGUGCUAUAUGAAAAUAAUAUGAAUGACGUUCAUUUGCAUAACUAUUUUUUUUACUCGCAUACAGGUAAUAAAAAUAUUUUAUGCUAAUAAAUUUAUAUAGAUUUAGUUAUAGGAGGAAAAAAUCGAGAAGAAAUUUUUUUUAACUUACCUAGAAAAGUAAUACAUAUAAAUGCAACUGGAAAAAAAUAGCUAAUACAGUACCAGUUUAAUAUAAAUUUUUUAUACUUAUUUUUUAAUAUUGUAAGUUUUAAAAAAAAUUUUAUUUGUACAAAUUUGGAAAAAGUUACAACGUAAACAUUGAAUGAAAAGCAAUAAAUAAAGCGUACAAAAUGAAGGGAUUAUAAUCCAAUGACCUGAGGUAGACUGACCUAGAUCGGUAACUUAUUGUUAGAGCAGAAAUGAAAAGUUAUUUCUGUUUUUUACCCUUAUUUUUAAAGACAGUUCAAGAUUAAGUCAAAAAAUUUCAUGGGUCAUUUUUUGACUGUGAGACAAAGAUGAGUAUAAUGAUCAUCAAAAGUAUUCAUUUAUAGUGAGAAAAA